AUGGCCACUUUCUCUCCUUUACUGUUUUUCUCUCCUUUACUGUUGAAUAAUGACGAUCCGCGUUUCCAGCUGAAUGUGGAAAACAGACUGAAGAAUAUUUUUGUAACGCAGUUGGAAGACUGCAGUCAUCUUCAAAACAAAGAACAUGAGAAGAAUGUCAAACACAUUCCUGUCAUAACAGAGUCAUCUAACAGAAUUCUGAAGACUAGUGUGAACACUCUUCAGAGGACUCUGGUGCUAAAAACGCAGGUGCGAGUGGUGGAUGAGGGAGACAGGCUGCUAGAGCAGAAACAACUGGAGUUCAAAGAUCGCAUGCAAAAUCUGGAACAAAAAAGAGCAGUACUCCUGCAAAAACAACAAGAAAUAAAAGAGAGGGCGGCAAAAUUUGAGAAGUUUGUAGAGGAAAAUGAGGCGAAACGUUGCCGUGCCAUGAAAAAAUACCAAGUCGAGAGAAAACAAAAUGAGCUGAAGGAUAAAGAGAGAUCUGAGUUAUUUACACAACUCGAACAUGUUCAAUUAAGACAUCAAAAUCUAAAAGAAAAGGUGACCAAGUAUAAGAUUUAUGAAGACUUUAUGAUGAAGAUUUUAGAUUUACUUCCAGAAAACCAUUUAGAUUAUGGUGCUGAUUCUGUGGUUAUGCCUAUUAUAAGACGGCAUGAGACCUUGACCAUCAGUCAGCAGGACUUGCUACAACGUCUUGCCAAACUGGCAGAGGAACUGGACCAGAGCCAACACAACCUGGACUCACUCAGACAGAGGCACAACACACGCAAACUUAUGAUCAAUAAGGAGUUGGCAGAGCUGCAAACACAACUUGAUCAAAUUAGAGAGAGGAAUAAACACCUAGAGAUGACUCUACACAUUCAACAGGGCCAGUCCAGAUAUCAGGAUGAAGAGACUGGGAUUAUUUUAAUAGCAGUGAAAAAUCUUGGGCAGCAAUGCCACAUGAAGCAGUAUGGACCUUUAGAAGCUAUGAACAUAUUGACUAUUAUGGAUAUGAUAAAGGAGUUCAUUUUGGAUAAGGCAGACACAGAAAGAAGAGCACUAAAGCUGACAGAUUCAAGCUCAGAGCUGACAAAGAAAAGCGGAGACAGAGGAAGAAAAGGACCAUCACUGACUAGUAACCCCUCCAGUGUAGUUUAUCUGAAGAGCAGUAGUAAAAGUAGUGGAGGAAGUAAACUUCUCAGCUCUUCCAAAACAAUGCAAUAGGACAUUUAGUAUAGCUGAAAAAAUAAUUAAGUGAUAUUUUGUAUACUGUAAAUUAUGUUUGUUGCUGAAAGUGAUGUUUAAUUGAACUGUGUGUUUGUAAAGUCCAUCAAGUAUUCCAACAUUCCAAACAGAGGCAAUUUGAUUUGUAACAUUUUGCCUUUUGCACUUUUUCAAACAUAAAUGUCUCUAGUUUAAAAAUGUUCAUGUGUAGUGCUAGGUUUUAAAAGGGGAACCACUAUUUUUCUGUAAUUUCCCAACAAAUUUUUUUGAAAAACUUAUUUGAAAAAUUAGUAAGAAAAAAACUAUAAAUGUGUCUUUAUUAAGUAAGGUGGAACCCAACUACCAAAAAUCAAUGGCGGCAUAAGUUGUUGUAACAGCACAUAUGCAGCCUGGGAUUUUUUUGAAAAAAUAGAUUAAAGCUUUCAUAAUAAGAA